AUGUCACAAUUCUUCAAUUUCGGCAACAUGUUCAACCAACAGCAACAACAAGAACCCCAAAACAUGGCUUCCGAUUCCGAAUGGUAUCAAACAAACUAUGAAUCGGCGCGCUGUGACAAAUAUCUCUGCCCACACACCCUCUCUUGCGUACACUUCCCGCAUCACUGCCCGUGCGCCUUCCCUGCCGUUGAAGACAAGAUUGAAUUUGGAGAUGGAAGCAUGGCCUGUGUCAGCAAAGGAGGCUUCAAAGCGGGAGAAGCUGCAAGAAAGGUUGAGCUGGCAAGGAAGGGGUUGCUAUAA